AUGGCUGACGACGAAUUCGACAUCGAUAUCUACGGCGAUACCAAUACCGACCAAGAUGGUCCCUUCAAGAAGGACGAAGAGGGCGAUGUGAAGAUUGACGGGGUUGAACCCGCCAAUGGAGAACCCGCAGAAGCAGGAACUAAUGGAGCCAACGGCGCACAGCACGAAGAGGAACCAGAUGAUGAUUACGUAGAUAUCAAAGUUGGUAGUGAGGAUCAAGAGAAGCCAGACGAUCAGCAGCAGAUCAAAAGCACUGAUGAAUCAGGCUCAGGCCAAGACCUCCUGAGUAUCCCAAAGCAAGCCCCCCAGCAACAAGGAGUAAAGAGAAAGGAAGGCUCCGAUGACCGUCCCAUAGAUCCUGGAGCAACAACGGCUCUCUUGAUAUCAGACUUGCACUGGUGGAACACCGACGAUGAUAUUCGAGGCUGGAUUAAUCAGGCCCAGGUAGAAGAUGAACUGCGGGAGAUCACGUUCUCUGAGCACAAGGUCAACGGAAAGAGCAAAGGACAAGCAUACGUUGAGUUUACAUCGCAACAAGCUGCCACUGCUGCGAAGCACAAGAUUGAUGCCUUUGGCGAGGGACAGCAAUACGUCAAGAAGCACACAGUCACAUACUCGAAUCCGAACGUGAACCCCUUCCGAACACUGCCUAAAGAUGCUCCAAUGCGAGCCGGGAAAGACAACCAGAAUAAUCGUGCAACUGCAGGUGGCUUUAACAAUGAUCGCAAUAAUCAGAACUUCGGUGGGAAUUUCCGAGGGCGCACCCCUGGCUACAAUGCCACCCGCGGCGGCAUGAAUAACCAUAUGAAUGUCAACAACUUCAACCGGAACUUCUCUGGUCCGCCUAUGGGAAACAUGGGCGGAUUCAACGCACCCAUGGGCGGUUUCCCGGGAAAUCCAAUGGGUGGCCAGUUUGGUGGUGGAUUCAAUCGUGGCGGCAUGAUGGGUGGUAUGCGAGGCGGCCCUGCCGCGAUGAGAGGCGGCAGAGGUGGUAUGGGUAAUGGAAUGAUGGGUGGUAUGCCUAUGGGUGGUAUGCCAAUGGGUGGAAUGGGUGGCCCAAUGGGAGGGAUGCCCAUGAACAUGGGCCAGAUGGGAGGACCUAUGCCAGGUGGCGGCGGCUUUCAAGGACUUCAACCACACUUCAAUCCAGCUUUCUUCCAACAGAACCAAGCUGCUGGGGGUGAUUGGCAAAACCCACACGGAGCUAAACGACCGCGGCCAGAGUGA